AUGAAUCAGAUAUUGAAACUAACAAUCUUCCUGGCUGUCUGCUGUAUUGUAAGGGGUCAAUGUGACAGUUUGACCGUAUAUGAUGGUGGUACUAAAAUCAAUACCAGCACAGUAUGCAUUAAACAGUUCAAAAAAGUGGAUUGCAUAGACUUUUACAAUAGCUUUGACCAGUCUCUGCUGCCAGAAGAGUUCCCAAGGUCAAACAUCUCAGUUGGACCACCACAAAGUAUACAUGUCAUGGGCAUUGAAACUCCACUGGUUGAAAAUUCAAUGGAUUAUAUGUAUCCAGGUUUGUCAGUUCAAUGGCGGCCUCCUUUUUCAGGUGCUGACAGGAGUUCUUGCUAUGGAUAUCUGAUUGCAUGGUUUAACCAAAAAAAUGUAACCAUGUGUCAGCUUUUCCAUAUCAACAAAAUGCCCCAGGACACGUUGCGUUUUCAGUACAUCAUCAAGACAGUUUCUCAGAACACUGUCUUCUCUGUCAGAAUGUACAGCAUGCCACCGUCUGGUCCUGAGUGGAAGGAGAAUGAGAAAGCUUUUGUGAGCACACAGAUAGCAACUCCAGCUGCAUACAGAACUGGAACCCCAAGUGAUUGGGCCCCAUUCGUGGCAUAUGACAUUUUAAAUAAUGGCACAAUUAAAGCAAGCAUCUCACUACCACCAGCAGAGUUCAACAUCACUGAAUUUGAUAUCUAUCUAAUGGACAAAGAUAAUAGGAUAGCUGAAACACUAAAUCUGUCUACGCCGUUGAGGACAGAGGAGAAUACAGAGUUUCCCCUAUCACUGACAGCUAACAGUUCAGGUUUCUACUCUAUUGUGGUCUGGGCGUUUGACAAGUUCCAAAUGAAGGAUGGUCUGUGCCAAUGCUGGGCUUGGCAAAAUGGUGUGAAAACUUGCAAAAACACCUGUGGAGGCACUACAACCCCAAUGUUCUACGUGAACAUAACAAAUCCACCAACAGCUAUCCCAGUACCACCAACAACUGCUAAAACAUUUGGCAAUACCACGUCGCCACCUCCAACAGCAUAUUCUACUUUUACUCCUGAGAACAAACCAGAAGAUUGGGCAGUCAUCCUUGGAGCGGCAAUUGGGGUUGCACUGCUGCUGGCAUUAGUCAUCAUAUGUAUUUACCUCUUUAGAAAUAGGAGCAGAGUGAAGGUUUGGAUACAGUGCUUCCGUCGUCGCUUCCAUCCUCGCUAUCAUGAUUCACAAGAUUUUGAUAAUCAUGUUCACACAUCAGAUAUAGUGUCAGUUGAAGGAUCAGCUCCUAGACUGCCCAGAAAGACUGUUUAUCUCGUAUCUGCAGAUGACCAUGAAGCUCAUGUGAGUCUAGUUGAAGCCUUCGCCAUGUUCCUGGAGGUACAUUGCCACUGCAAUGUCAUUUUACCAUCACGCAGGGAUCCCUAUGAGACCGGUGCCUAUGAAUGGUUUAUCAGCAGCAUUAGUAAAUCUGAUUGCAUUAUAUUUGUUGACUCAAAAGGAGCACACAAGAUGAUAGACGCACACCUAAAAAAGAAAUCUUGUACGAACAGGAAAGUCGGACCUGAUGGAGAUCUUUUCAUCUUUAGUUUGAAGCACAUCCUGUUCAGUGAAACAGUGAGGGAGCAGUCUUUAAUCCUAGUCUCAUUCGCUGGAAACCAUUGCCAGGAAUACCUGUCAGUCCCUCGUGUCUUCACCUUUCCCAAGCACCUGGGUUAUUUACUUAAGAGGAUUCAUAGGAUUGACUCUUCUGCUGUCAGCUCAUACAGUAAAGUAUUGCCGCUCAAUGAUGAAAACAUUAGAAAACUUCCAGAAGGGGCACAACUGCUUGCUGCAAUCGAGUAUGUUAAAGUCUAUGAAGAAAGCAACCCACAGUAUUUAGAAAACAAUUUUGGGGAACUGAGAGAUUUGAAAGAUGUGAAACCUCAGUGGGACAGACUUGUGUCAACAGAUUCUGGUUUUUCUGGUAAUUCUGAUCCUGUAGGUUCUGUGUCCCGGCAGGGUAGCUUCUCUGGCAGUCCAACAGCAGGUCCUGAAUAUGUUAGUUACCCACAACCUUAUGUUUAUUCACGGGGUGUUUCCCCUAAAUCAGAUUACAAAGAUACCAUCAGUGAUGGUCUUGAAAGCAUGCAUACUAACAUGUUAAGCUGUUACACAGUUAAUGAAAUGCGUGAACGAAUGGAUGACACAAAACAUGAGCCAGGUGUGGACCAGUUUUCUAUUAUACCACCUGAAUCAGCAUCAGAGAUCAUCUGUGACAGUCAUAGUACUGCGAUGGCAGGCAUCAAUGAAAAUAACUUUGAGGAUGAUGAGGGUAUAGAUGAAGAUGACUUUCAGCAAAGAAUCAUUCCACCAGUGAACCCUCUAGACAUUCAGCUGGACACUGUCAGCUCUGCAUUUGCAGACAUCAAUGCCAAUGCAGAUAAGCUUCUGUUAAAGGGAUACACUAAGUUCAUAUUGGAUAAUGAAGUUACAGAUUCACUAGCGCAGUUUGAUGCUAUCAGCAUCUGA